AUGCCCAGGCCGCACUCCUCGCCGCUCUUCUGCGCUGAUCCCGUGCUCCUCUCCGCCACCCUCGCGCUGCUCCUCUCCGCCCCCCUGGCCAUUCCUCUGCGCGGAUCUCGUGCUCCUCUCCGCCACCCUCAAAGCAUGAAGCUAUUGGUUUUUGCGAUAAUCCUGUUGGGAUGCAUUCCGAACUCAUGUUCUGUUGCUACUGAAUUCCAAGUCGAAGCACUGGUUGAAAUGAAGAUGCAACUUGUCGAUAACCGUGGUGUCCUUAGUGAUUGGAAGGAUAAUCAAAUGAGCCCCUGCUACUGGGAAUGUGUUAAUUGUCAAGACAACAAAGUUACACAAAUAAUUUUGAGCUCCUCUGGGUUAACAGGAACCUUAUCACCCAGUAUUGCAAAGCUAACAAGUUUACAGCAGCUGAAACUGGAUAACAACAACAUAACUGGAGGGAUUCCUCUGGAGUUUGGAAACCUUUCGAGUUUGACAAUUCUAAACCUUGGAGGAAAUAAUUUAAAUGGAUCAAUACCGGACUCCCUUGGACAACUUUCUAAACUCCAAAAUCUGGAUCUAAGCCAUAAUUAUUUAAGCGGGAAUAUCCCAAGCUCUUUCUCAAAUCUUCCGUCAUUGAAUGAUAUUAAUCUAGCAUAUAAUAAUAUUGACGGUGAAAUCCCACAGCAUCUACUUCAGGUGGCUCAAUACAACUAUGCAGGCAAUCACUUGAAUUGUGGCCAAAAUUUAUUUUCAUGUGAAGGAGGCAGAACAAGGACAGGUGGAUCAAAAAAUUCCAAGCUAAAGGUAGUUAUUGGAAGCAUUGCUGGAGCAGUCACUCUUUUUGUAACUGUAGCUCUAGUUUUGCUAUGGUGGCAAAGAAUGCGUUACCGGCCUGAAAUCUUCAUUGACGUGUCAGGUCAGAAUGAUCAUAUGUUUGAGUUUGGGCAAAUAAAGCGGUUCUCAUGGCGGGAGCUUCAGAUUGCAACCAACAAUUUCAGUGAACAGAACGUUCUUGGCAAGGGUGGUUUUGGUAAGGUGUAUAAAGGAGUACUUCCAGGUCCAAACAGUAUAAAGAUUGCAGUGAAACGGCUACUGAAUGUGGACAGUCAUGAAGGGGAAAUGGCUUUCCUCAGAGAAGUUGAAUUGAUAAGCAUUGCUGUGCACAAGAACAUAUUAAGGUUGACAGGAUUCUGCACAACACCAACAGAGAGGCUCUUGGUCUACCCUUUCAUGGAGAAUCUUAGUGUUGCUUCCCGUUUAAGAGAUAUAAAACUAAACGAACCAGCGUUAGAUUGGUCUACAAGAAUGAGAAUCGCUCUUGGUGCUGCCCGUGGUUUGGAAUACCUUCAUGAGCACUGCAAUCCCAAGAUCAUCCACCGUGACAUCAAGGCUGCAAAUGUCCUGCUUGAUGGGAACUUUGAAGCAGUGGUAGGAGAUUUUGGGUUGGCGAAGAUGAUGGACAUAGGGAAGAAUACAGUAACAACAGCGGUUCGUGGGACUAUGGGCCACAUAGCUCCUGAGUACAUAAAGACGGGAAGGCCAUCAGUGAAGACAGAUAUCUUUGGAUAUGGUGUCAUGCUGUUAGAGAUUGUGACAGGAGAGCGUGCAAUUGCAUUCCACCCUGACCGUAUAGAAGAAGCAGGCGAGAUCAUGCUCAUUGAUCAGGUCAAGCUAUGGAUGGAAGAAGGGCGACUACUCAACCUAGUGGAUCGCAAUCUAGGUGGCAUCUACAACCUUGAAGAGCUGGAGAAGGUUACCCAGAUAGCACUUCUCUGCACUCACAUGGACCCUGAUCAACGCCCUACAAUGUCUGAGGUGGUGCAGAUGCUGGAAGGAGAGAUUGUCCCAGCAGAGCGGUGGGAGGAAUGGCAGCUGGCUGAGCUCCAACGACGACAACAGCAUGAGAUGAGGCAACAAGGCAAACUAUUCAACUUCAGUGAAGAGUCUCUAAACAUCCAGGAAGCCAUUGAGUUGUCAUCUGGCAGAUGA